GUUGUCACUUGUCAGUUAUUAUUGGUUAAUUUUAUUCCGCCCAGCAGAAAUAAUGUUAAAAACACAAGAAACUUUAUUGUUGAUUUUAUCGUAUGCUCAAAAUGCAAAAUAAUAUUAUUAGUUUGACAAUCUAAUGAUAACAUACAACACUGUUUUGCUUGGCUAGAUUGCAUGAUAGUGUGAAUCAAUAUUUAUUGUCGUAAUUUAUAGGUUAGGUAUCUGUUAACUGCUAAAAACUUAAGAAGUAAUAGGAGCGUGAUUAUAGUAAUCUCAGUAAAAUGGGACAGAAAUACACAAUAUCCAUCGAGAGAUACAGGCACUUCUUUAUAAUACUUUUAAUAGUAAUAUUUGUAUCAUUCUUUAUUAUUCUUGUUGCUCUACUUAAUAUAUUUUCGAAAAAACUAUUUGAAUCUGACAGCACAAAACUGGAGAAAAUAUCACUAGAAAAUUUGAACAAUAUACCAGAAGUGAUUAUCUCUAAACAUGCAUUAGUAGCAGCCAGUCGUAACUAUCGCUGUAGUUAUUAUGAUUGUUUUAAUGUGUACCGCUGUGGUCGCAAAGGAUCAGAUCAAAUAUCAGUUUAUGUGUAUCCUCUUAGGAAAUAUGUUGAUGAACAUGGUUUGUCAGUUGGACCGCAGAUGACAAAAGAAUAUUACGCUAUUCUCAAGGCAAUAGUUAACAGCAGAUAUUACUCUCCAAACCCUGAAGAAGCAUGUAUUUUAGUCCCAUCCAUUGAUACCCUUAACCAGAAUCGCCUUCGAUUGAAAGAAGUGUCUCAAGCUCUUGGAUUACUACCAUAUUGGUAUGGUGGAGAAAAUCACUUAAUAUGGAAUAUGUUGCCUGGAUCAUCACCAGAUUAUAACACUGUUGUGGACUUAGCCCUUGGAAAUGCACUGAUAGCUGGUGCGGGUUUUGAUUCUUGGACAUAUCGAGUAGGAUUUGAUGUAUCCCUUCCAGUUUAUAGUCCUUAUGCUACAACCUUAGACACAGGGAAAUCUGCUAAUCCAAACAGGAGGUGGCUGGUGGUCUCAUCGCAAGUGAACAUCCACCCGGAGUACAGUAUGGAACUGCUAGGGCUGGCUGAGACUCGAGCGGAGCUGCUGGUGCUAGAGCCUUGUCCAGACCAGUCCAACACCUCCCUCCGCUGUUCUGCAGGAACCAUUUACUCCCAUCCUCAUAUUCUCCAGGAAGGCAGCUUUUGUCUGGUGCUGCGUGGCGCCCGCCUUGGUCAGCCUACCUUACUUGAGGCUUUGGCUGCUGGCUGUAUCCCUAUUGUCACAGCUGAUGCCAUGGUCAUGCCUUUUGCUGACAUCAUCGAUUGGAAAAGGGCUGCCUUGUUUGUGGGGGAAGCAGACUUGAAUACUGUGAUAGAUGUAGCGGCAAGCGUAUCGGAGAAACGCAGGGAUGAGAUGAGAGAACAGGGUCUAUGGCUCUACCAGCGCUACUUCUCCACCAUGGAAGCUGUUACCCUUACAGCGUUGGACAUCAUCAACGAUAGAGUGUUUCCCCAUCAUGCCCGUACAUAUGAAGACUGGAAUUUUGCACCACAUAAACGUGUUGCCCAGUCUCCUUUGUUCCUUCCUCUGACAGCUCCCAGAGCUCCUGGCUUCACAGCUGUCAUUCUCACCUAUGACCGAGUCGAAAGUCUCUUCACUCUCAUCAAUAAACUGGUCAGAGUACCAAGCCUCAGUAAAGUCAUUGUUGUAUGGAACAACCAACGGAAGAAUCCACCACCAAUGCAUCUCUGGCCAAAAGUUAACAAGCUGGUAAAAUUGAUUCACACCAAAGAAAACAAGCUAUCUAAUCGUUUUUACCCUUAUGAAGAAAUUGAGACGGAAGCUAUAUUGACCAUUGACGAUGAUAUUGUUAUGCUCACUGCAGAUGAACUUGAAUUUGGUUUUGAGGUGUGGAGAGAAUUUCCAGACCGAAUUGUUGGGUUUCCCUCUAGAACUCACGUCUGGGACAAUUCAACCCAGCGCUGGAAAUACGAGUCAGAGUGGACCAACCAGAUAUCCAUGGUUCUGACUGGGGUUGCUUUCCAUCACAAGUAUUGGAGUUACCUGUACACAACAGCGAUGCCAGGUGACAUCAAGGAAUGGGUGGAUGCUCACAUGAACUGUGAAGAUAUUGCCAUGAACUUUCUUGUAGCCAAUAUCACAAACAAGGCUCCUAUUAAGGUAACUCCUCGCAAGAAGUUCAAGUGUCCUGAGUGCACCAACACAGAGAUGCUGUCAGCUGACCUAGUUCACAUGGUAGAGCGCUCAGACUGUAUAAAUCGCUUCACUUCUGUCUACGGUCACAUGCCUCUGCACACCGUCGAGUUCCGGGCUGACCCAGUGCUCUAUAAGGAUUCCUUCCCUGAGAAACUCAAGAGGUUCAAUGAUAUUGGCAGCUUGUAAAAAACAUAUUGUAAUUCUUUUCGCCGGAUUGUUAACAUAAUUUAAACAAAUCUUGGCAACUUGUUCCGCCUAGACAAAUUCAUAUAUCUGCCUAGUGGUGAUUAAUUCCUUGAGUGCUACACAGUGAUGAAUCAUAAUGCCUGUUUGUGCUGAAACAGUGUUCAACAAUAUAUCAUUGUUGCGAUUUAAUAUAAUGGUUACGAAAAAAGAAUAGGCAAGUAUUAUUAAUUUCAACUAUGUUAUGUUUUUCUAAUGCUUUUUUAAAUCCUAUCCUAGGUAGGCAUAAUAUUUUCAUAUGUGUCUUUUUUUUACUUAACAAUAUGUACUUGUAAAAUAUAUUUUAAUUGGU